CGUCAGAGUGAAAGGACGCUUUGUCAAGUACAACAUAUUGUUUGUCUUCGAUUAGACUCACUUUGAGCUCAAAACAAAAUGUAUUCUCCGUUAGCUUUAUGGUUGUUGUGUGUUGGUGUUGCUUUCAGAGAGUCUCUGGGCUGCAUUACGUGUUUGGUGGAUGUAAACCAAAGAACUCUCCUGUGUUGGGGCUACACGAUCAGCGAAAACAACAUCCAGAGUAUGGACGCCUGCUUCAAUACACUCAAACGUAUUUUUGACGACAACACCCAAGUCCUCCAGGCUGGCAGAGUAGGUAAAGCCUAUGCAAAAAAACUGGCCGACAUCAUGAAAGCAGAGAUCCAGCUCCUAGUGGACGAGUUUGACAAAAAACAAAAUCCUGAUACACUGUAUGAGACUAGGUUGCAGACAGCAGCAGACAAUUUCAUCGCUAAAGCCCACAAACUGCCUCGAGACACUGGAUGCGUCCCCCCGUGCGGUUUUCAGGUUGAAGGUGCCAUUUAUAGCUGUAUUAGCUGCAAGUACGAUUCCUGCGCAUUCCCACUUGACUGUCCAGCUGAGAAUAUGACGGUUGCGGAGAACAACAAGACUCAAAUGUUAUGCAAAGUGUCAUUUCCGUUACCGAGCAGCAUUGGGAUAGUAUGGAGGUUUGCAGAGCAGGUAAAAACUCAGGAGGUGGAUCAGUUUAGAGAAAUGACAAUGGGGGAGGACAAUCUUUAUUCCAUCCCGUCCACCAGGAAGUAUCAUCAGGGCACUUACCAGUGCGAGAUAUACUCAGAGAAAACAUCUAUUGUCAGACUUUACUUCUAUCUCACAGUGACCCCCCAUGUCGAAGUCAUACUCGGCCAUUCCAGGCUGCAGGAGAUAUUUGAGCUGUCUCUACUCCCAGGAGGGAAGUUACACACUGGUGCUCCUCUCCCCUCUCAGCAACACCUCGUGCUCAUCGCCAUCUGCUUCACAUCUUUGCUGCUCCUCCUAAUCCUAUCCUUAGGGACUCUGUUUUUGUUAUCACAAGCAGACAAAACGACUAGAUCCAUCCAUCUAUUUUCUACCGCUUGUUCCUUUUUUGGGGUCGCGGGGCGUGCUGGAGCCUAUCUCAGCUGCAUUCGGGCGGAAGACGGGGUACACCCUGGAGAAUUUGCCACAUCAUCACAGGGCCAACAGAGAUAGACAGACAACAGUCACACUCACAUUCACACACUAGGGUCCUGAAAGAUAUCAGGUACUCUUAACAGCCCUUUCAGACGAUGAACAAAGGCUGCCGUUCAUUCUUUUUACCACCAGAGGGCGACAGAGACAAUGGAGUAGCGAUAUUUGAUCAUAGCAAGGAUUAUAAUAACAAUGAUAAAUAGGUAGAUAGAUAGUACUUUAUUGAUUCCUUCAGGAGAGUUCCCUCAGGAAAAUAAAAAAUGAUGAUGACAUUAAUAAUAGCGAGAGCAAUAAUCAUCUCAACGGGAAAGUCUGUGUACACGCCCUAAGUACAUUCCUCAUUACAUUCCUAAGUACAUUUUAUUAAUUUCCAGUCUAGUGAAAAUUACUUAUUUUUCAUUUUAUAAUAGAUUAUAUUUGUAGUUUUAUUCGACCAAUUAUGUAAUGUAUUUUUUAUGUUCAGGGACUUGGAUUUUAAAAUGUACUCACACAAGAAUCACUUUUUAGAAACCGGCAAAUCUAUUUCUAAUGUGAAUGUUUGUGUCAAUCAAACAUUUUAGCUAUUGCCCGAUACACAAUAUAUUCAGAGAAACAAUUUAUAUUUGCAUAUCUUUUUAUGAUGCAAUUUAGUAUGAAUUAUUCGUAUUGCGUACUGUCAAUGUUCAUUGUAGUAUCUCGUUUGGCCACAGGGAGGCGGCAACGUGCGCGAAACUGCCAGUGAGAGGCUGUGGUCCUGAGUAUAUUGGACAUUGCCGAUGUUUAGAUUGUAUAUCUGUGAACAUAUCUAUCAUAAAGUUAAAGGCCUACUGAAACCUACCACUACCCACCACGCAGUCUGAUAGUUUAUAUAUCAAUGAUGAAAUAUUAACAUUGCAACACAUGGCAAUACGGCCUUUUUAGUUUACUUAAUUACAAUUUUAAAUUUCCUGGGAGUUUUGUAUUCGAAACGUUGUGUAAUGAUGACGUGUACGCAAGACGUCACGGGUUUUUAGGAAGUAUGAGCGCUGCGCACACUUACAGCUAAAAGUCGUCUUCUUUAACGGCAUAAUUAUACAGUAUUUUGGACAUCUCUGUUGCUGAAUCUUCUGCAAUUUGUUCAAUUAAUAUUGGAGAAGUCACAGUAGAAAGAUGGAGUUGGGAAGCUUUAGCCUUUAGCCACACAAACACACGGUGAUUCCUUGUUUAAAAUUCCUGGAGGUGAAACUUUCCUAUGGAUCAGAGCGCGGUCAAGCCAACAUGGAUCCCUACCAAAUGUCAACCAGCAGGUUUGGGUGAGAAAAUUGUGGUUAAAAAGUCACUUCUUACCGGAGAAAAGCUAAGCUUGUGCCGUCUAUAGCUGCCGUUGACUCCCCUGAGACACUGCACGUCAAGACACCCGUGGAGACACCCUUCCGACUAUCAGGUACUAUUAAACUCACUAAAACACUAGCAACACAAUAGAAAGAUAAGGGAUUUCCUGGAAUUAUCCUAGAAAAUGUGUUUAAAAACUUCGGAAUCCGUCCCAAUGCAAACGCGUUUUUUUGUUGUUUUUCUAGUCCGUCGCGAUCAAUAUCCUGAAACACGAAUCUUUCAUCCUCGCUCAACUUAAUGGGGAAAUUGUCGUUUUCUCGGUCCGAAUAGCACUUUUUGUUGGAGGCUCCCAUUAAAAACGAAAAAAAUGUGAAUAUGUGAGGAGCCAUCAAACAUGUGAUGUCAUUGUCUGCGACUUCCAGUAGAGGCAGGGCUUUUCUCUUAACACCGAAAGUUGCAAACUUUAUCGUGGAUGUUCUCUACUAAAUCCUUUCAGCAAAAAUAUGGCAAUAUCGCGAAAUGAUCAAGUAUGACACAUAGAAUGGACCUGCUAUCCCCGUUUAAAUAAGAAAAUCUCACUUCAGUAGGCCUUUAAAGCUUUUGUGAUGAGUCACCACCCUAAACACUCAGUCUGUCUUUGAGGUCAGGUCAAGAAGUAAUUCAGUUACAUAUAAAUUCAAUGCUAUCAUAGAAAUAUGUAUUAUUGUUAUAU